UCCAAUUUGAUCUGUCAAACUGACGUUUUGACAACACAAAUUUUGGAAAUUCUGCAUUGUAUCUGCAGUAUUUAAUUUGGGUUGAUUUCUAAUAAAAUCAAAGCAAAUAUAACAACAAACAUUCAUUGGAAAUAUGCUGUAAAUUAUAAAACAGUUCAUCAAUUGACAACUACAGUUCUUUAUUCAAAUAAGUGUAUGGUAAUAAGAAGCUAAUAUGUCGGAUAAGAUGUUGACGCUGGGCCAGCGCGUGAUGGUGGUCGGGAAAGACGUAAAAGGCUCUGUUGCGUAUGUCGGCUACCCUACCUUUGCAACUGGGAAAUGGAUUGGCGUUAUUCUUGAUGAGCCGAAGGGAAAAAACAAUGGUACUGUUCGUGGACACGCUUAUUUUACGUGUGAAGAGAACUACGGUGUCUUUGUACGUCAAACUCAAAUACAGUUGUUGGACCCGGAAGACAAUCCGAUGGAAACUUCUCUGACGACUCCGUCCGAGGAGCCGAAGUCUGCUGCGUCUAAUAGACGUUUGAGCAGGGUGCGUCGGAAGGCGUCGCCCGCGCAGACUAAAGCGGGCACUCUGUCCAUGUCGAGCUCGCGCACCUCACUGGCCAGUAGCCGGCAGUCGCUGACGUCGUAUGCCUCGCCGACUGCCGAGAGGGCGGCCUCGCCGGACCAGGGGAAGAGGGCGUCUUUUGUUGAGACGGGCUUCGUGGAGACCCUGACUCCUCAGUACACUCCUGGGCAGAGCAUCACGUCGCCGCAGCCCGCCUCCUCCAGCAUGGAGGAUAAGAUAGCCAACAUGCAGGCGCAGCAAGAGAUAACAUCCCUAAAAUCGGAAGUAGAAGAUUUGAAAGAGAAGCUCGAAACGCUCAAGGUCCGCCGCGCAGAAGACAGAGAGAAGAUACGUGAAUUGGAACGCGUGAGGCUGCAACUGGACCAGGCCAACGAGUUCAAGGCCAAGAUCAUGGAGUCUCAAGCUCAGCUGCAGAGAGAUCUGCAGAGAGCUAAGCAGGAGGUACGCGAAGCCCAAGAGGCUCUCGAAACUCACAACGACGAGACAGCCGAGCUCCAAGAGGCAGCUGAAAUGGCAGCCCUCGACAAGGAGAUGGCGGAGGAGAGGGCCGAAGCCCUGCAGAUGGAGCUGGAGCAGUGCCGGGAGAAGCUCGAGGAGGCUACCCUGGAUCUGCAGCUUAUGAAGGCCGAGAUGGAAGCUGGAGGGAAUAUACAGCACCCGUACGCCGAGAGCGGCGCCACCGGCUACGAGAUGCGCCAGCUGCAGCAGCAGAACGUGCGCCUCCGAGACACGCUCGUGCGGCUCCGGGACCUGUCGGCGCAUGAUAAGCAUGAGAUGCAGAAGAUGCAUAAGGAUCUAGAACAAUACAAGUCAGAGAUAGCGGAACUAAGCCGUACUAAAGAGAAGCUAUCUCUUCGAGUUGAUGAGUUGGAAGCUCAGGUGGCUGAUCUUCGGGAGCAGGUGGAUGCAGCGUUAGGGGCUGAGGAGAUGGUCGAACAACUGGCUGAGAAGAAAAUGGCUUUGGAAGACCAGGUUGAACAGCUAAAACAAGACGUAUCAGAAUUAGAAGCAUUACAAGAAGUGCACGAACAGCUGGUGGAGUCCAACCGGGAGCUGGAGAUGGAUCUGCGCGAGGAGUUGGAGAUGGCCCACGCUAACACUAGAGAGGCUAUUCGAGAGCGGGAAGCUGCGCUAGAGACGAUCAUGGACCGCGACUCCACGAUACUGAAGUUCAGGGAGCUCGUGCAGAAGAUGACGGAGCAGUACAACGAGACGCGGGCGCAGCUCGAGUCUAAGCAAGGAUCACCAGCACCAUCAGAACAAGAAUCAACACCAGAGCCAGUGGCCCGCACCUCCCCACCCGUCGACCUUGGCUCCUUGGUCCACCUGUCCCGAGCUUCCACCAGGUCUAUCGACCUUCAGCUGAGAGCUCUAGAGCUGACGCAGGCUCGGGCCAGGGCUGACAUGCUGUGUGCCUGCCUGCCGGACCACUUCAUGCAGACUGCUGGUGAUCACGACGCGAUCCUGCUAAUAUUGUUGCUUCAGAGACUGAACACUAAGGCGGAGAUUAUACUGGGACAGAUUAGAGAGAGGUUCCCGCCAGUGAACGUAUGGGACAGAGAAGUGGUGACAAACACACACACAGCCGUGCAGUACAGCUUCCGAUGUCAGUUGGAGUAUCAGCUGCAUAUGAUACAGUGCAUAGUUACCAUGUGGAGCCUCGCCCUAUCCUGCUGUACUCCGGAACUGCUCCUCCGAGCAGCCAGCGCUCUACCUGAUGCUCUACAGCAAGAGAGGGCUUUGGACGGCCUGGUGCAACUGCUCAAGACUAAUGAGCUCGAUGAGAACUGCUCGCUGGACGGUAUCGAGCGUUGCUGGACCUAUCUAUCCGCGAUGUGGUCAGCCCUGAACCUCUCCUCACUGGAAGGUGCAGACGUGGCCCGGGAGCCACUACUUCACGUGUGCAGUGCGCUAGACGCACUCGCUAGAGCUCUGCACGCUGAUGCGUCCGCGCUCACGCAUAUAUUGCAGCAAUCGGACCGUCAACAAGAGCUGGGCUUGCUCCACGAGUCUGUCUGCACGACCAGCGCUCAGUUACAACAGCAGCUCAAGUGUGUACGCCGGCGUCUACCUCCCGGCGUCAGGCUACAUGCUGUACCUUUGGAUCCUCAGCUGGUAGAACGUCUCCGCGGCGAAUGUGCUUCAUCACUAUGGCGCUGCGCCCGCGCCGCGUGGCUGUGUGCCCGCGCCGCCUGCGCCUGCGCCGCCACCGCCGGCGAGCGAGCCGACGGAGCACCUCUCCCCCACGCGUCUCUGCUCACUCUGUGGGCGGCUGCCGUAGACAAGGUGUACCAGCAGGACGACCACGGCCCAGUCCGCACUAUCAAGCACUCUCUAACAGCCGUGUGCGGCGACGUCGGCAAGCUGGCCAGCUUCGCGCAGGACAAGGAGUACGACAUGAUGUCGCUCACUAAUGUGCAGGCUGAGAAGCCGGUCCCGCCCGUGGUGCUUCGCGCUCAACUGGUGAAGAAACAGCUGGAGGAGACCAAGAGUCUCACCAUCAAGUUGGAGAACAAGGAGGCUGAUAUCAGGGAGUUGAGGAAGGCGCUUAAGGCGAAACAAGAGGAACUAUCAGAGAUGACGAUCCGUCGCGAGUUAGGGGAACGCAAACUCAGCACCGCGGCCAGUGCUGCUGAACUCAGGGCCGAACAGCUGCAGAGGAGAUUGGAGGACGCUCACAACCAGCUCAAGAGAAAAGAGAAAGAAUUCGAAGAAACGAUGGAUCACCUACAACAGGACAUCGACUCUCUGGAGACGGAACGCGGGGCUUUGCGCGAGAAACUCAAGUUGUAUGCUAAGAGAGGAGGUGGACAUCAUGACUUGGCGUUUUUAACUCUGUCGCCGCCGCCCGCCCGCGAGUACACGGUGGCGACGCCCGUGGCCGCGCCUAAAGAAGCGAUGCAGGAGACGCCAGUCAAGGUGACGCCGGGCGUCGCCGCGGGUGAAGUCAACGAGGCUCUGCAGCAUCAGAUCAAGUUGCUUAGCUGGACGGUGGAGCGUGAACGCGCAGCCCGCGUGUCCGCGUGCCGCAAGGCGGAGCGCUGCGCUCUGCGGGCGCUGCGCCCCCUGGAGCACCCCGCGUCCGCCGCCGCCGUCGCGCGCAGGCAGGCCGCGGCACAGCUCGAGAGACAGCUCGCUAGCCUGCACACGGAAUGGACACUAUUCGUGGCGCGGUCCGGCCUAGUGAAGUUCCCCAGUGAGCCGGGACAGUACGGCCACGCGUUACAGCUGCACAAACAGAAGCAGAGGCAAGUCAGGAGGCAGCUCGAGGUGAGAUAUCAUCCGCCUAGCCGGUUCCUAAGUCUAGUGAAGUUCCCCAGUGAGCCGGGACAGUACGGCCACGCGUUACAGCUGCACAAACAGAAGCAGAGGCAAGUCAGGAGGCAGCUCGAGGUGAGAUAUCAUCCGCCUAGCCGGUUCCUAAGUCUAGUGAAGUUCCCCAGUGAGCCGGGACAGUACGGCCACGCGUUACAGCUGCACAAACAGAAGCAGAGGCAAGUCAGGAGGCAGCUCGAGGUGAGAUAUCAUCCGCCUAGCCGGUUCCUAAGUCUAGUGAAGUUCCCCAGUGAGCCGGGACAGUACGGCCACGCGUUACAGCUGCACAAACAGAAGCAGAGGCAAGUCAGGAGGCAGCUCGAGAUGAAGUUAGCAGCAUUACAAGCGGAGGUACGCCAGCAGUUGUUGGUACAUCGUCCGUGGCGCUGCGUGGAGGCCGACUUCGCGGAGUUCCCUGCUCCUGAACUCGCUGCCGUAUUAUCAUCUAAAGCAGUGGAUGUGGGUACUAUCAAGUACCCGGCGCCCGCCUCCGGACAGACCGAGGACACGAUCUUUGUCACUCCUGCGCAACUCGCCAAGUUACGAGAACUAGUAGCAGAGCUACAAUCCGACGAUGUCAAACUGGAAUUAACUCCUUUAGACAAUACAGUAUGUGCUGCCUAAAUGUACUGAAGACAGAGCGAGACGGAUAUAUACAGAUUAUGAACGAGAGAACGAGAUAGCAUUGUAUAUGUAGUCCAAAAUUCGGAUUUUUGUAAUUGUUAUUAAAAUUUGAGUAGCAAGUUUAUUGAAAAUGCAAAUGUUUAUGACUUCUUAAUUAACUUAAGAAUAAAACUCUUGAACUUCGGCGACUUACCACGCCAUAUGGUACGAAAGCGUAUACGAAAGCGUAUAGUUUUCAAAAUAUACGAGAUUACAUAGUAAAAAUCUUUUCACCAUUUUUACAAUCCCAAUUAAUAUAGGUACCUGUGUGUUAAAGUCAAAGUCAAAUCAUGUAUUUCAUUUAGGCCUUUACAAGCACUUAUGAACGUCAAAAAUAUAACUAAGUUUGAUUCUAGUUGCCCAUUCCAAAAGUAGCUUCCUAUGGAGAAGAACGGGCAAGAAACUCCAUGGUUAUUGUUAUAUAGACUAAUAUUACAUAACAGAAAAAAAAUAUAUUUGUUUGUAUCCUAAACCACUUAACCGGUUCCAACAAUUGAUCCACUGUUGGAAAACUACUAUCCCCGUAUUUUAUCCGGGUACGGGAUGUGGUACCGCGGGAUAUAGCUAGUUCGAUAAAAAAUUACAUACGAUCCUAAUUUUCAUUAUUUAAUGUAGUGGAUUAUUUUAUUAAUAACUUAGUAAAUAUUUAAAACGAAUUGUAAAAAAAAACUUGAUAUUAUAUUCCAGGGUUUAUUAAAUGCAAUUAGAUUUUUUUUUAUUUAACUUUUUUAUAUUUUAUUUAACUAAGAUUUAUAUCACGUAAAACUUGUUUUAUUUAGGAACAAAAGUAUAUAACACUCGUUCGUACUAAUAUUAUAAAUCAGAAAAUGUCUUUGUGUAUCUAUUACACUAAUAUGGUAAAAUUACUUCACCAAUAUCAAUAAAAUAGGGUAUAACGAUAGUUUCAACCUUUUUAAAAAUGUGCAAUUUAUUUAGUUCUCCAAGAAAAAUAUAUGUACAACAGACACUUAAAAUUUACUUAAAACUAAAAUGUAAAAAUUUCAAGUUACAAAGAACUUAUCCUUAUGUCUUCAAUAGUUUCUUAGACCGAGUAAAACCACAGGAAAAAGCUAGAAUCGCAAUAAAUAUUGUCAUCGAAUAUCAGAAUAGGGCUUUAGUAACAAAAAUACUACUACCUACUCAAAUAAAGUAUAGAUUUACUGCCAUUCCCAAUAUUCUAUCUUUGUGUUGAAUCGCUUACUUAGAGAUAGAAUUUUGACGUUCCAUAUAAGUUAUGUCCUAUCUCAUCAUCCUCCGAGCCUUUUUCCCAACUAUGUUAGGGUCGGCUUCCAGUCUAACCAGAUGUAGCUGAGUACCAGUGCUUUACAAGGAGCGACUGCCCUAUCUGACCUCCUCAACCCAGUUACCCAGACAACCAAAUACCCAUGGUUAGACUGGUGUCAGACUUACUGGCUUCUGACUACCCGUAACGAUUGCCAAGGAUGUUCAAUGACAGCUGGGACCUACAGUUUAACGUGCCAUCUGAAACACAGUCAUUGGUUUCCAAUAUAUACUUACAAAGUACAUACAAACUUAGAAAAGUUGCGUUGGUACUUGCCUGACCUGGAAUCGAACGCCUUCAUACUUGAGAGGUUGGUUCUUUGCCUACUAGGCCACCACGACGGGCAUCGACGGGCGUGAAUCGCUUACUGAAGAUAGAAUUCUGUCAUUAGCCCCAUACAAGUUGUAUCAAAAUUCCUAUCUCUAUUAAGCGAAACAAAAGAUAGAAUAUUGGGGCCGGCCUUUAGAAGUAUCUCGACUAAUCCCGAAAGUGAUUACACUUGAAGAUGCAACAAAAAUAGUAAUAAUUGCGUUCGAAUUAUAAUAAUUAUGUUGAAAAUAAUAAUUAUUAUAAUAUAUUGUUAGCUUGUUGUGUUAAUGGCAGCUGAGUUCCGUCGCACAUUUUAAUUUUACUGUCUAUUUUAUGUCAUAGAGAACGAAAUGACUAGCGGAGAUGUCAUAACGCAAAUCUCCUAAGAAAGUAGCGCGACAACAUGCGGGUGCGAGGGGGACGAGGAACGUUACUAGCUCCGCCCUUACACGCCCAUUAUUUUCAAAAUAAAAUCACUAAUCAAUCGAGAACAAUCUUUGACAGAUUGGUUUUGAUUUUACAAGGAACCCGAACGUCUCGUUAGUUCUAGUAACUGAUCACGCCUACCGUACGUUGCUUGACCUACAAGAAGGCGCCUGACCUACCUUCCUUAUGGUAUCUCCGCUAUCUUUCUUCCUCCGUGUUACAAAUAUAUAAAACUAAUGCUUAUCAUAAAUAUUAUGUGCACGCUUGUUAUUUGUAUAUAAGGAAAUAUGUUAAUGUACUUACUAAUAAAUAAAUAAAGUAUUAUUUAUUGAA